CUGUGGGCGGUGCGUGCGGCGCCGGAAGUCUCUGGGGGGCGGCGCGAGCUGUGUUCUGCUUGUUGCUCCGGGGCUGGGGAGGCGGGCCGGCUGUGGAGUUCAGGCCGACAGAAAGAGGACAGCCUUUCCUGGCUCGGCAGCCCCUGUAAUCGUGUGCUGCCCCUAAGCCUGCGGCUCGUGCGCCUCCACUCGCCGCUGGACGGUAAGGUCCCUCCUUGGACCCGACUCUACCCGGGGUUUGCCUCUGCUCUCUGGGUGUCGCUGAAACAUCUGUGAGGAGCAAGUGACAUCCCAGGGUGGAUGCAGGUUGAGCACAGGUGCUUGUCACAAUUUCAUGAGAGUGUCUAGUCUCCGAAGUCAGACUCCUUUGAAGCAAUAAACUGGUCCCUGCCAGGUGAGAUUACCUCAAGGGGCCUGCCAGGGUCAGGGAACUGUGUUGCAGGUCAGACGAGUAGAGCAGAGCCGUCCAUCCCUCCGGCAGACGCUUUGCCCACUACUCCUGACGUCCUCAUGGGAAACAGAAUGGGAUCCUCCCGCUCCAAAGCGUGGCAGCACACCGCUCCGUCAGGGACUCCGGCCAGCUCUAAAGCGUGGCAGCACACCCCUCCGUCAGGGACCCCGGCCAGCUACAUGCUCACCCACUGUGGGUCACACGCUUGUGCGUUUCUGAGCUCCUGGGUAUAUUACACCAGGAGUAAUGUAGAGCUCCAGUGGCCGCAGUGGGGAUCGUUUGAACUUCCGAAGCUUGCUUUCCUCAGAAAUAAGUUAGGAGAGCUUGGCUGUGUGGUCCAGCCUUCAGAAUGGGAUGCGUUUUUCAAGUGGUAUCUGGAAGCUUCAAGCCGUGCUCAGCACGCAGAGGUUGCCUCCCUGCAAGGCACCAUCUCCCAGCUUGCUGAUGCAAACAGACAACUCAGAAAGGACAUCAAGGACUUGGAAGCCAAGGUUCACUGCUCCCUGGAACGUCCUCCUCCCUCCUCGUGCACCACCUCUGCUUCGGAACCUUCCGAUGACAUGGCUAAACCCAAAGCCUCCUGUGUCCCCUGGACUAAAGAUGAGCUCCGAACCAUCGUCAGGGCCUUCCCAAAAGUCACUGAAGAUCCUCAACGAUUUGCUGAUGAGUUCAGCGUCAUAAUCCGGGUCUAUCAGCCCGAUGUCACUCAUCUCCUCCAGCUAGUCCGCAUGCUUGUUGACGAAAGUCAAGCCAAGCACUGGAUGGCUAAAGCUAACUGGGCCCACCUGGAGCUGAAUAGCCAGCAGCAGACACCCCAGUCCCCGUCCCAGGCUCAAAGUCUGGCCAGGAGUCUCCAUAGAGCUAUCUUGGAGGCAUUCCCUAAACGUGCAGAUUGGAAUAAGAUUUAUGCUUGUGUCCAAGAACCCAAUGAGCCAGUUUAUCAAUACUACAUUCGAUUCGAGCUUGUCUUUAAGGAAAACUCUGCAUUGCCUGUGAGUUCUGUUUCUUACAGCCCACUCUUUAACUCUGCAUUUGUGGGUAACCUAACCCCAGAGCUGUCCCUGCUUGUUAAAAGAUCUUCCAUGGAAUGGCUAACCAUGUCCACUGAGUGUCUGGUAGGUCAGGUCAGUAAGUUAGCCCGCUCCCUGGAGUACACCAAUGCACAGAAGUCUGCCGAUACCCUCAGUCACUUGCUGCAGCAGCUGAAAGCUCCCCAGAGGGUUCCUCCUGGCCUCUGCCAUUACUGUAAAAAACCAGGCCACUGGAAGAAAGAUUGCUACAAGCUGAAGAGAGCUAAGCAGGCCCUCCCUCAAAACCCUCAAUUUUGGGUAAUGGAUGUGUUUUCUGAGUCGGGGCCCCGGGGCAUCACGGGAGCUCCUGUCAGUCCUAGGCUGUCGUGGGUCGAGAGCUCAGAUUCAGAAUGAGGCCCUGGCUGUCCUUGUGGACCUGGGAGCCACACUCCAGUGCCCAGCCCAGUGCCUUCCACCAGCCCUCACCUUGGAGCACAAAUAGUGGUAUGUACCCCUUUAUCACAUCCUGUGUCCUCAUGGGAACCCCUCCUUUCUGCUUGGUGUUCAGCACCUAUCUUUCUCCUAAAAGGAAGAAAUAAUUUUGGAAUCUGACAAACCAGAUUGAGUUGACUCAAUUCUAGAAGCUCCUCACUCUCCUAGUUCCCACAUUUGACUACAGAAUGAGAAGGCUCUCUCGGCUUUCAACCCAUUGCUGACUGUCAAACCUACAAGAUCUCGUUGUCCCAAAUGCCAGUCCUACCAUGCCCUGAUCCUGCCAGGAGAGAGACCUAAUGGCUGUGGGUGCUGUUGGAUCGAAGACCUCAGUGGUGACCUCCGACACGUCACCUCAGCCCUCACCUGCAGCGAAUUCCCACUGGUGGUGACCUACACAGUGCCUGUUUCAGUGAUUUGUCCACGAGGUCAGGCACGCCUUCUCCUUCACUAGGGACAGCCAGCAGGUGCCUGGACGCUUGAUGCCUUUGCCUUCAUCAGGGACGGUCGGCAGGAGCCUGAACGCUCGGCAUCUUUGACUUCUCCAAGGACAGCCAGCAGGCGCCUGGACUCCCAGUGCCUUUGACUUCUCCAGGGACGGCCAGCAGGUGCCUGGACUCUCGGUGCCUUUGACUUCUCCAGGGACGGCCAGCAGGCACCUGGACGCUCAGCAUCUUUGACUUCUCCAGGGACGGCCAGCAGGUGCCUGGACUCUCGGUGCCUUUGACUUCUCCAGGGACGGCCAGCAGGCACCUGGACGCUCAGCAUCUUUGACUUCUCCAGGGACGGCCAGCAGGUGCCUGGACUCUCGGUGCCUUUGACUUCUCCAGGGAUGGCCAGCAGGCGAUUGGAUGCUCGGUGCCUUUGACUUCUCCAGGGACGGACAGCAGGAGCCUGGACUCCCGGUGCCUUUGACUUCUCCAGGGACGGCCAGCAGGUGCCUGGACGCUCGGCAUCUUUGACUUCUCCAGGGACGGCCAGCAGGCACCUGGACGCUCAGCAUCUUUGACUUCUCCAGGGACGGCCAGCAGGUGCCUGGACUCUCGGUGCCUUUGACUUCUCCAGGGAUGGCCAGCAGGCGAUUGGAUGCUCGGUGCCUUUGACUUCUCCAGGGACGGACAGCAGGAGCCUGGACUCCCGGUGCCUUUGACUUCUCCAGGGACGGCCAGCAGGUGCCUGGACGCUCGGCAUCUUUGACUUCUCCAGGGACGGGCAGCAAGCGCCUGGACGCUUGGUGCCUUUGACUUCUCCAGGGACGGCCAGCAGGUGCCUGGACUCCCGGUGCCUUUGACUUCUCCAGGGACUGGCAGCAGGUGCUUGGACGCUUGGCACCUUUGACUUUUCCAGGGACGGGCAGCAGGUACCUGGACGCUUGGCACCUUUCACUUCACCAGGGACGGCCAGCAGGUGCCUGGACUCCCGGUGCCUUUGACUUCUCCAGUGAUGGCCAGCAGUCGAUUGGACGCUCACUGCCUUUGACUUCUCCAGGUACGGCCAGCAGGUGCCUGGACUCCUGGUGCCUUUGACUUCUCCAGGGACGGCCAGCAGGUGCCUGGACUCCCAGUGCCUUUGACUUCUCCAGUGAUGGCCAGCAGGUUCCUGGACGCUUGGUGCCUUUGACUCCUCCAGUGAUGGCCAGCAGGCACCUGGACGCUUGGUGCCUUUGAUUUCUUCAGGGACGGCCAGCAGGCGCCUGGACGCUUGGUGCCUUUGACUUCUCGAGGAACGGCCAGCAGAUGCCUGGACUCCUGGUGCCUUUGACUUCUCCAGGGACGGCCAGCAGUCGAUUGGACGCUCGGUGCCUUUAACUUCUCCAGGGAUGGCCAGCAGAUGCCUGGACUCCCGGUGCCUUUGACUUCUCCGGGGAUGGCCAGCAGGAGCCUGGACUCCUGGUGCCUUUGACUUCUCCAGGGACGGCCAGCAGUCGAUUGGACGCUCGGUGCCUUUGACUUCUCCAGGGACAGCCAGCAGGAGCCUGGACUCCCGGUGCCUUUGACUUCUCCGGGGAUGGCCAGCAGUCGAUUGGACGCUCGGUGCCUUUGACUUCUCCGGGGAUGGCCAGCAGAUGCCUGGACUCCUGGUGCCUUUGACUUCUCCAGGGACGGCCAGCAGUCGAUUGGACGCUCGGUGCCUUUAACUUCUCCAGGGAUGGCCAGCAGAUGCCUGGACUCCCGGUGCCUUUGACUUCUCCGGGGAUGGCCAGCAGGAGCCUGGACUCCUGGUGCCUUUGACUUCUCCAGGGACGGCCAGCAGUCGAUUGGACGCUUGGUGCCUUUGAUUUCUCCAGGGACGGCCAGCAGGCGCCUGGACGCUCGGUGCCUUUAACUUCUCCAGGGAUGGCCAGCAGGUGCCUGGAUGCUUGGCACCUUUGACUUCUCCAGGGACGGCCAGCAGGUGCCUGGAUUCCCAGUGCCUUUGACUUCUCCAGGGACGGCCAGCAGGUGCCUGGACUCCCGGUGCCUUUGACUUCUCCAGGGACGGCCAGCAGGCGCCUGGACGCUCGGUGCCUUUAACUUCUCCAGGGAUGGCCAGCAGGUGCCUGGAUGCUUGGCACCUUUGACUUCUCCAGGGACGGCCAGCAGGUGCCUGGACUCCCGGUGCCUUUGACUUCUCCAGGGACGGCCAGCAGGUGCCUGGACUCCCGGUGCCUUUGACUUCUCCAGGGAUGGCCAGCAGGCGAUUGGACGCUCGGUGUUUUGACUUCUCCAGGGACGGCCAGCAGGUGCCUGGAUUCCCGGUGCCUUUGACUUCUCCAGGGAUGGCCAGCAGGUGCCUGGACUCCCAGUGCCUUUGACUUCUCCAGGUACGGCCAGCAGGUGCCUGGACUCCUGGUGCCUUUGACUUCUCCAGGGACGGCCAGCAGGUGCCUGGACUCCCGGUGCCUUUGACUUCUCCAGUGAUGGCCAGCAGGUGCCUGGACGCUUGGUGCCUUUGACUCCUCCAGUGAUGGCCAGCAGGCACCUGGACGCUUGGUGCCUUUGAUUUCUUCAGGGACGGCCAGCAGGCGCCUGGACGCUUGGUGCCUUUGACUUCUUGAGGAACGGCCAGCAGAUGCCUGGACUCCUGGUGCCUUUGACUUCUCCAGGGACGGCCAGCAGUCGAUUGGACGCUUGGCACCUUUGACUUCUCCAGGGACGGCCAGCAGGAGCCUGGACUCCCGGUGCCUUUGACUUCUCCAGGGACAGCCAGCAGUCGAUUGGACGCUCGGUGCCUUUGACUUCUCCAGGGAUGGCCAGCAGUCGAUUGGACGCUCGGUGCCUUUGACUUCUCCAGGGACGGCCAGCAGGAGCCUGGACUCCCGGUGCCUUUGACUUCUCCAGGGACAGCCAGCAGUCGAUUGGACGCUCGGUGCCUUUGACUUCUCCAGGGAUGGCCAGCAGGAGCCUGGACUCCCGGUGCCUUUGACUUCUCCGGGGAUGGCCAGCAGGAGCCUGGACUCCCGGUGCCUUUGACUUCUCCGGGGAUGGCCAGCAGGAGCCUGGACUCCCGGUGCCUUUGACUUCUCCAGGGACGGCCAGCAGUCGAUUGGACGCUCAGUGCCUUUGACUUCUCCAGGGAUGGCCAGCAGGCACCUGGACGCUCAGUGCCUUUGACUUCUCCAGGGACGGCCAGCAGGAGCCUGGACUCCCGGUGCCUUUGACUUCUCCAGGGACGGCCAGCAGUCGAUUGGACGCUUGGUGCCUUUGACUUCUCCAGGGACGGCCAGCAGGCGCCUGGACGCUCGGUGCCUUUAACUUCUCCAGGGACGGCCAGCAGGUGCCUGGAUGCUUGGCACCUUUGACUUCUCCAGGGACGGCCAGCAGGUGCCUGGAUUCCCAGUGCCUUUGACUUCUCCAGGGACGGCCAGCAGGUGCCUGGACUCCCGGUGCCUUUGACUUCUCCAGGGAUGGCCAGCAGGCGAUUGGACGCUCGGUGUUUUGACUUCUCCAGGGACGGCCAGCAGGUGCCUGGACUCCCGGUGCCUUUGACUUCUCCAGGGACGGCCGCUCCAGCACUUCAUUGUGAAGGCAAACCUAGACGAUGUUACCUUGCUUCCAGGUUUCCAUUUCUGCAGGCGUGGGUGAGCUGCUCUGCUCCCUCACAGACUGGAUAUGAGGACAGUGUACACAUUUUUUUUUUUUUUUUACAGGCAGAGUGGACAGAGAGAGAGAGAGAGAGAAAGGUCUUCCUUUGCCGUUGGUUCACCCUCCAAUGGCUGGUGCACUGCGCUGAUCCGAAGGCAGGAGCCAGGUACUUAUCCUGGUCUCCCAUGGGGUGCAGGGCCCAAGCACCUGGGCCAUCCUCCACUGCACUCCCGGGCCACAGCAGAGAGCUGGCCUGGAAGAGGGGCAACUGACAGAAUCCGGCGCCCUGACCGGGACUAGAACCUGGUGUGCCGGUGCUGCAAGUUGGAGGAUUAGCCUCGUGAGCUGCGGCACUGGCCGACAGUAUACACAUUUUAAGAAGCUUUGCUGCCCAAUGCCAUAAUUUUUCUAAGGAAAAGUUACUUGAAAGCCCAAGUAAGAUAUAUUGGGCACAAAGUUUCAGAGAGCAGACUACACUUAGACCCAGCUUGGUGCAAGGUGUUGGGCGAUUUUUAAAACCCUGAACUCUGCACCACUUUGUCUGCCUCUGGCGCAAGCCUCCUGCUAGAGUCCACCAAAGCUGGCGUCCCUGUUUGGGAAGCUGUUGAAGAUGUGGCUUUUGACAAGGUAAAAAGGAGUUACUAGAGCUGCAGCUGCAGGAUGCUCUGAGUGUAAACUCCCUUUUCCCCUCGGUUAUGAAAUGUAUGGCAAGCAUAGGAGUCUGUACUCAAAAGCAUGGAGGUCACGUCGUCCCACAGAGUAUGACAGCCAGCAGCUGGGUUGGGUGCUCGUGGGUGGUGUCCUCUGAGGCUGUCCCAGUUGCUGUCCUGUUGGUCAGAUCCACUGAAGAAAGUCCUGGGAUGUCCUUUGCCAUCUUUGCUCGCACAUCUGCCUGCUGGCCCCUCCUCCUCUGGGAUCCUUCUGUUAGCUGUUCCCGUGCAGCUGUCUCCUCAGUCUUCCCUUCCUGGCUCUCCCUCCAGGGGAUGCCACACAGCUUGUGACCCUUGAAGGCUCCACAGGGCUCUUCCCUAGGCAGUGCUGAGUUUCCUGGUUCUCAGGUGUCUGGGUCCUGCUCUGUCCACCUCCUUUGAUGCUGUACCCAGCAGGCAGAGCUGUGGCCCUUGCUGGAGCUGCCACCCUGCCAGGGUUAGGCUGCUGCCGCUCUGGGGUCCUAGGGACUCAGCAGUGUUGUGGAGACAAGGGUUUCAUCCCUUCCAGUGGAGAUACGAUAUGAACCUCAUGUAAAACCCUUAGUACAGCUAUCUGCUGCCCUGGCCAUUUCACAACUGGACUCUGGAGGUGGAAUACUCUCCUGCUGCCAGUCUCUGCAAAGAACACUGCCCAUGGUGGGGCAGCACCGUGGCAGAUCAGGUAAAGCCACUGCCUGCAGUGCCAGCAUCCCAUAUGGGCGCCGGUUCGAGACCCAGCUGUUCCACUUCCGAUCCAGCUCUCUGCUAUGGCCUGGGAAAGCAGUAGAGGAUGGCCCAAGACCUUGGGCCCCUGUACCCGCGUGGGAGACCCAGAAGAAGCUCCUGGUUCCUGGCUUCAGGCUUCAGAUUGGCACAGCUCCAGCAGUUGCAGCCAUUUGGGGAGUGAACCAGCAGAUGGAAGACCUCUCUCUCUGCCUCUCCUUCUUCCCUCUCUCUGUAACUCUUUCAAGUAAAUAAAUAAAUCUUAAAAAAAAAAAAAGUCCCACUGAUCACAGCUGCCAUGGCCCAGCUGGAAAUGUUUGCAAGUCUUAAAACAGCUACUAAAGAUGUACAGAGUUGGACACGUGCAAGAUGCUCACUCAGUGAGAAGAGUGGGUCCUUUCCAGGGUGCUGAGUUCUGAGCUCCCAUUCUGGAAGCUCAGGGGCACGUGCUUGCCUCUCCCAGCUCUGAUGAAGGCCCCGCGAUGGCCCUAGUGUGCGAGAUGCAGGGGCAGUGUCGGGCUUGCUGCUCACAGCCUGCUCUCAAGCCACGCUCCCUCAGACAGCAUUUCUCCCACCGCAGGUGGGGCUCGGACGCUGGCUGGACGUCUUCCGGUUCAGCUCAGCUCUGCCACUGUCCACCUGCAGGGCGAGGGCUUGGUCCCCAGGGCUCCCCUGUGCUUCCACGCGGGUCACAGUCCCAGGUUUCCCUGUGCUCUGACGGUGGGGCUGUAAGUGGGGUUCCACAACCCCUUCCUUGGGUUUGUUAGUUUGCUCCGGCGGCUCGGUAACUCAGAGACACAUUUCCUUUCCUUGCCUGGCUUACCAGAAAGGAGGUUACGAAGAGUGGGGUUGGGGUCACUUAGGGAGAGGGCGGGGGAGCACCUAUGUCCUCUCCAGCCCUCUCUCCACUGCUGACCUUGUGGGCUUUGGGAGGCCUCCUCCUCAGGCCUGGUGGCAGGGCGGGGCACAGGGCGGGGCAGCCUCCUCAGUUCUCCUGGGCCUCUGCAGAAUCUCUUGCUCCUGAAAUGGGUGUUGUGGGCCACUGUCAGAUGAGGGGUCGGUCCUCAUGGCCAGUUCCAAAACAGGAAGGUGGGGCAAGAGCAGGAGGAGCUAGAGCAAAGUCUGAACUCCCCAACGCUAGUCUAGUCUCUUAGGACAUGACAAGGGUUACUGGGCCAUGAACCAGGUGCCAUGGAUGCAACCCAGAAGGGACACAUGCAUGUCUAUCAUGUCACACCUCUUACAGGUCACCACACUGGGGACCAGGUCUCCAGCAGAGGAACCCUUGGGGGGCAAACUUCCAAACCCUGACUCUGGCUUCCUGUCCUGGCCCCCCGAGCUCAUGGCCUUCUCACUGCACAAAGGCAUUCACAACUUGCGAACCUCAGCUCAUUCAGAGUCCAACGUCUCAUCUGAUACUCAAGGCAAAUGUCUUCCGGCUAUGAUCCAGGUUACCCCCUAUAAUAAGGGGGUCCUAAGCCCUCAGCAGAGCAGACUUUGAACACUGCUGCCCACUCGGUGCCUGGCUGACAUUGCUGCUGGUUGCUCUACAUUUCUGGGGUUCCUGCUGCAGCUCCUCUCAUGGCUGCACCAGGCAUUGUCCAGGAAGACUGGCAGCUCCGUCCCUGAGGAAGACUUCUGUCUCCCAGGGUUUUUUUUUUGGAAAUCGUGAUGGGAGUUGUCAUGACGCCAUAACUUUUUGCAUUCUGCACACUGGCGAAACCUGCGUUGUGUGGUUGAGAAGCAGCAGUGUGAGCCACGCCUGUGCCCCUGUGGACCACGCUGGGUCAGCUGUGAAGUGCUGCCAGGGCUCACCCUUUGCACUCUGGACUGGCAGGGUGAGCCAUGUGCGCCAGGGUGCAGAGAGCAGGGCUCUAAGGCACCCCCUCCCCACUGCUGCCAAGGCAGAUGGGCCUGUGAGGUGGCCCUGGCUCUCUCCCACAUGCCUCCUCUCAUCAGUGCUGAUCUUUGCCUAGGCAGGGUGCAGAUUGUCCAGGUCCUGCUCUGUUUCCUUUUGCUCUCAACCUGAGCAUUAGCAAUUAAGUCACAAAACUGCAGCUGAAUGCUUUGCAGUUCAGAGGUGUUUUCCACCAGUUUUUCUCCCUCCCUCCCUCCCUCCCUUCCUUCCUCCCUUCCUUCCUUCCUUCCUUCUUUCCUUUCUUUCUUUUGACAGGCAGAGUGAACAGUGAGAGAGAGAGAGAGAGAGAGACAGAAAGGUCUUCCUUUUCCGUUGGUUCACCCCUCAGUGGCCACUGUGGCUGGCGCACCGCGCUGAUCCAAAGCCAGGAGCCAGGUGAUUCUGGUCUCCCAUGCGGGUGCAGGGCCCAAGCACUUGGGCCAUCCUCCACUGCCCUCCCGGGCCACAGCAGAGAGCUGGACUGGAAGAGGAGCAACUGGGACAGAAUCCGGCGCCCCGACUGGGACUAGAACCCCUGAGGUGCCGGCGCCACAGGCGGAGGAUUAGCCUAUUGAGCCGCGGCGCCGUCCUCCACCAGUUUUCUAUAAAGCCCUAGGGCUUAGACAUUUCAGUCUUUGCUGCUGGGGCUGGCGCUGUGGCAUAGUGGAUAAAAGCCAAAUGGGUGCCAGUUCGAGUCCCAGCUGCUCCACUUCCAAUCCAGCUCUCUGCUAUGGCCAGGGAAAGUAGUGAAGAUGGCCCAAGUCCUUGGGCCCCUGCACUCAUGUGGGAGACCCAGAAGAAGCUGCUGGCUCCUAGCUUCAGAUCGACAGAGUCUUUGCUACUGCAUAACAAGGGUGGCCUUUAAUCCUGGCAGAAUCAUCCCCUUCUGGGAAGUGACUGAUGCUCCACACAGGCCUUUCCCAGACUGCUCCUCUAUGCUCUGCCCACCUCUGCCCUCUGCCCAUACCCUACUUGGUCUGUUUUGUGUUACUGUAACAGAAUAGCUGAGGGCAGGGUAGCAGCGGAUGUGGCCCAGGCCCUGGAGACUGCACAGGGCUGGCAGACAGCUCUGCAGUGGUGGAGUGGUCAUAUGGCAAGGCUUGCUACAGCAGCCCAUGCCUGGGGACUUCCUUCCACCAGGCCCCACCUCUUUUUUUUCUACUUUUUUUUUAUUAUUAUUAUUUUAAGAUCUGUUAUUUAUUUGAGAGGAACAGUUAGGUGGGGGGAGAGAAAGAGCAGUCUUCCAAAUGCUGGUUCACUCCCCAGAUGGCUGCAACAGCCAGUGCUGUGCCAAGCCAAAGCCAGGAGCCUGGAACUUCUUCCAGGUCCCCCACAUGAGUGCAAGAGCCCAAGGACUUAGGCCAUCUUCUGCUGGUUUCCCAGGCACAGUAGCAGGGAGCUGGAUCGGAAGCAGAGCAGCUGGGACUCUAACCGGUGCCCGUAUGGGAUGCUGGCCCUGCAGGCAGUUUUACCCACUAUGCCACGGCACCAGCCUCUAAGGCCCCCACCCGCCAAGGUUCUGCCAGCCCAGUACUGCCACACUGGGGACCACUGAAACCAUAUCCAAAGCAUAGCCGACAGGGCUGCUGGACGUGACGUGACUUUCUUGGCAGAAGCAGCGUUUCCUUAUAAGGUAAAACCACCUGUCUGCCUUUCUAGCCUUGGCCAGCUCUUCUGAACAGGCCUCUGAACUUCCUGACCCUCACUGUGUCCUUGUGAAUUCUGAGCUUUCUGGUGUUGCCAUUUUUUUUUUUUUUUGGACAGUCAGAGUGGACAGUGAGAGAGACAGAGAGAAAGGUCUUCCUUUUCCGUUGGUUCAGCCCCCAAUAGCCGCUGCGGUCAGCGCACUGCGCUGAUCCGAAGCCAGGAGCCAGAUGCUUCUCCUGGUCUCCCAUGCGGGUGCAGGGCCCAAGCACUUGGGCCAUCCUCCACUGCACUCCCGGGCCACAGCAGAGAGCUGGCCUGGAAGAGGAGCUACUGGGACAGAAUCUGGUGCCCCGACCGGGACUAGAACCCGGGGUGCCAGCACCGCCAUUUUGAAUCUUGCUGUACCCCACUGAGCUGACUGAUCCAGUUCUGUCAGGGCGUGGCCUGGCUCUCUUGGCAGGCUGAUCAGGGCUGGAGGUCACAGCUGCUCUGGGACAGAAACCUCAAGACCACGUUAGGGGAAAAUACAACAAAGCCAUUUUUCUGACGGGGACGUCUUGCCCACCCAAGUGAGCCUUGGGCACACGCAGGCCCUGUCAGGCUGGCCUUGCCAAGCAGCUCCUGCUCUGUGUCUUCUCUAGAACUUGAUGUUAGUGUUUGCAAGCACAGACUUCAGAGACGCUUGUCAUGGAAGGAGAAAAUAAAGCUAAUUAGAAGCAACUCAAAGGACAUAAACUAAAAGUCUUCCACAAGUAGUAUUAGGAAGCAGCUUUCACAUCUGAGGUGGUCUCGGCAAUCCCACAGCAGGGCCUUCUGGUGGGUCUUGAGUUCCUGGGCUUGGCAGGAGGCUGGGCGUUGUAGUGUGAAAGCUGCAAGAUCCGCUUCUGUCUGCAUGUCUGAGCCACUGGCUGCUGUGCACACGUUUUUACCCAGAUUUGCUCAUCAGGCUGAUGGAAAGUCUUAUGAACAUUUCAAGCAUAGAUGUUAAGCAUAAGUGAAUAGGACUAUCAGUAGGAUAAGAGUUUCUAGAUGACCUUUUCAAUAAUUAUGUUUUAUUUUAUAUACAUAUAUAUGUAUAUGUACUUAAAAAUAGUUUCAAAAAUCUUUUUGGUAAGUUUUAACCUUAAAGUGAAAUCAAGUAUUCCCAUUAAAUGCCUCAAUCAUUUCUUUUUUUAAAAUAUUUAUUUAUUUAAUUGAAAGAGUUACACAGAGAGAGGAGGAGAGGCAAAGAGAGAGAGAGAGAUCUUCCAUCCGAUGGCUGCAACGGCUGGAGAUCCACCAAUCGGGAGCCAGGAGCUUCUUCCAGGUCUCCCAUGUGGGUGCAGGGGCCCAAGGACCUGGGCCAUCUUCCACUGCAUUCCCAGGCCACAGUAGAGAGCUGGAUUGGAAGUGGAGCAGCGGGGUCUCGAACCAGCACCCAUAAGGGAUGCCGGCGCUACAGGCCAGGGUGUUAACCCGCUACGCCACAGUGUCGGGCUCUCAAUCAUUUCUAAGUAAGUUAAAACACUGAAACAUUAAUAAGCUGAAGUUUAUAUAUACUGGCAUCUGUUUUUAUGUGGUUUAUUUGGGCCUGUUAAAUGCGAAAAUUGGUGGCCGCUUACAUGAAACAAUUCACAGUGCUUCUAGUCAGGUUCCGAGCACUAGUAGUUAGGACUGAGCCAUGUGACUGAACCACUGGAAACAGCUGUGUGCAGGCAGUGAGACGUGUGUCAUGGGCAGAGCUGUGCGGACACGUUUUGUUUGGACGGGUUGGUCAUACAAGUUUGUGGAAAUACUGCAUGGUCAAGGCUGACUGGAGAUUAAAUCAGCUGUACUGGUGCGCUGAUGCAGAAAUAGAAUUUGUGUUUUUCCCUUUAUUGGUCUUUUUUCAUUUCUUUUUAUUUUUUGGUCUUUUAUGUUAAAAUGCCAGUUUUCUUAUAGUAUUGGUCAAGGACGUAAAUGGGUUUUGUUUUGUUUUCCUCUCAAGUAAUGGGCCUGGGGAACAAAACACAUUUUAUUGAGAUUUUUUUCUUGUGCUUUGUGCUGUCCUGUGCUAUGUCUUUGAUCACUUAGGUAGAGUGAAUCUUUUCAGUAUUUACAGCUAAGUCAAGUCCCUCUGCUUCAAUGAGUGACUGUUUUUCCUUGGUGGACUUGAUCUUUUCAUUUAGAUGUCUUCAACUUUCUUGACAUUUUUGGCUAAUGUCCCUAAGUCAAAUUCUAUAUUAAGUCUUUCUGACCUUGACCUAACCCUGGCAUGUUCCAGAAGACUUCUGGAACACCCACAAAGGACAUUCUAAACCACUGGGGCUCUCUUGGUAUGUAAAUUAAUUAUAUGGGAAGCAUUGUGAAAUAAAUGGUGCUAAACAUUCUUUGAGCUA